AAAAAUUGAAGAUGAACUAAAAGAGGUUCAGCCACUUGUUAAUGAAGCUAAACUAGCUGUUGGAAAUAUAAAGCCAGAGUCUUUGUCAGAAAUCCGAUCGUUACGGAUGCCCCCUGACAUAAUCCGAGACAUACUGGAAGGAGUAUUACGACUGAUGGGAAUUUUUGAUACAUCAUGGGUGAGCAUGAAGAGCUUUUUGGCAAAAAGAGGAGUGAGAGAAGACAUAGCAACCUUUGAUGCCCGCAAUAUUCCAAGAGAAAUAAGGGACAGUGUUGAAGAACUUCUUUCAAAAAACAGAUCAUCUUUUGAUCCAAAGAAUGCUAAACGAGCCAGUGCUGCAGCUGCUCCAUUAGCCUCUUGGGUGAAUGCCAAUGUCCAGUAUUCCCAUGUCCUAGAACGAAUACAACCUUUGGAAAAAGAAAAAGCUGUCUUGGAAGCUAAUCUCAAGAAAACCGAAGACAGAAAACAGAAUUUAGAAGAUCUUCUCAACUCUCUUGGUCAAAAAGUGUCAGAACUGAAAGAUAAAUUUCAGAGUAGAACAACAGAAGCAGCAAAACUUGAAGCAGAACUUAACAAAGCUCAUAAAACCCUGAAAGCUGCAGAGGUACUAAUAAGUCAACUGGAUAGAGAACACAAAAGAUGGAACGCCCAGGUGUCAGAGAUAACAGAUGAACUGGCUACAUUGCCUAAAAGAGCUCAAUUAGCAGCUGCAUUUAUUACCUAUCUUUCUGCUGCUCCAGAGGACCAGAGAAAAGCCAGCUUGGAUGAAUGGAUGAAAUCAGCAGACCUUGAAAAGUUUGAUGUAAGACGGUUCCUGUGCACAGAAAGUGAGGAAUUAGUCUGGAAAAGUGAAGGUUUACCCUCAGAUGAUCUUUCAAUAGAAAAUGCUCUUGUUAUCUUGCAGAGCAAAGUUUGCCCAUUUCUGAUAGAUCCUUCAUUCAGGGCUACAGAAUGGCUGAAGACACAUUUGAAAGAAUCACGUUUGGAAGUUAUUAACCAGCAGGACACCAACUUCCUAACUACUCUUGAGCUGGCAGUGAGAUUUGGGAAGACACUUAUUAUACAGGAAGUGGAUGGAGUAGAACCUGUUCUUUAUCCUUUGUUAAGGAAAGAUCUUGUUGCUGAAGGACCUCGUUAUGCUAUACAGAUAGGUGAUAAAAUGAUAGAUUAUAAUGAAGAAUUUCGUCUUUUUCUAUCAACAAGGAACCCAAAUCCCUACAUUCCACCUGAUGCUUCUUCUAUUGUUACUGAAGUAAACUUUACCACAACAAGAAGUGGUUUAAGAGGACAGCUUUUGGCUAUAACUAUUCAGCACGAAAAACCUGAUUUGGAGGAGCAGAAGACAAAACUGUUACAGCAAGAAGAAGACAAGAAGAUACAGUUAGCUAAACUUGAGGAAUCUCUGUUGGAGACACUUGCAACAUCACAAGGCAAUAUACUAGAAAAUAAGGAUCUGAUUGAGUCUUUGAAUCAGACUAAAGCAAGUAGUGCACUCAUCCAAGAGUCACUUGUGGAAUCUCAGAGACUUCAGAGUUUUCUUGAUCAGGAGCGAGAUGCCUAUCUCCCGUUAGCUGAGAGUGCUAGCAAGAUGUACUUUAUUAUUUCUGACUUGUCCAAAAUUAAUAACAUGUACCGUUUUAGUUUGGCGGCUUUCCUACGACUUUUUGAGAGAGCUCUUCAAAAUGAGCAGACUUCAGGUAAUACUGAAGAAAGAAUGAAGUCCCUUAUUGAGUCAUUGAAGCAUAUGGUCUAUGAAUACGUUUGUCGUUGUUUGUUUAAGGCUGACCAGCUGAUGUUUGCUCUACAUUUUGUACGAGGAAUGCACCCUGAACUCUUUGAAGAGAAUGAAUGGGACACUUUUACAGGUGUGAUCAUUGGAGAUACCAUAAAAAAAUCGGAUUCACAAAGGAGCGUUCGUGACCAGCUUCCCCCUUGGAUAGAACAGGAGCGAGCCUGGGCCAUAGCAUCUUUGAAGACUUCUCUCCCUGAUCUCUAUCGGACACUUUGUUUUGAAGAUGAAAAUCUGUGGCGCACUUUUUAUCAGAGCUCUGUGUGUGAACAAGACUUUCCAUCUUCCAUUGUCAAUAGAAUUUCUUUAUUUCAGCAGGUACUUGUGGUCCAGGCUGUCAGACCAGACAGGCUACAGAGUGCCAUGGCUCUUUUUGCAUGUAAAGCUCUAGGAAUAAAGGAAUUGUCUCCUCCACCUCUGAAUUUGAAACGUCUGUAUAAAGAGACUCUGGAAAUUGAGCCCAUCUUGAUAAUAAUUUCUCCUGGUGCUGAUCCUUCUCAAGAGUUGCAAGAACUUGCCAGUAUUGAAAGAAGUACUGAGUGCUACCAUCAGAUUGCAAUGGGCCAAGGCCAAGCUGACCUAGCCAUUCAAACGUUAAAGGAAUGUGCGCGCAAUGGCGAAUGGCUGUGUUUAAAGAACCUGCAUCUUGUUAUAUCUUGGCUUCCUGUAUUGGAAAAGGAACUGAAUACACUACAGCCACAACCAAACUUUCGCCUUUGGCUUACUGCAGAAGUCCAUCCAAAAUUUACUCCAAUUUUGCUUCAAUCAAGCCUGAAAAUAACUUACGAAGCACCUCCAGGUCUAAAAAAGAAUCUCUUGCGAACCUAUGAAUCUUGGAUGCCAGAGCAAAUUAAUAGAAAGGGAAAUUUGUGUCGAGCCCAUUCUCUCUUUUGCUUAGCAUGGUUUCAUGCUGUAUGUCAAGAAAGAAGAAAUUAUAUUCCUCAGGGUUGGACCAAAUUCUACGAAUUUUCUUUAUCUGAUCUCCGCGCAGGCUUCGACAUUAUUGAUAGACUCUUUGAGGAUUCCAAAGACUUUCAAUGGGAAUUUGUGCAUGGCUUGUUUGAAAAUGCAAUUUAUGGAGGUCGUAUAGAUAACUACUUUGAUAUGAGGGUUCUUCGAUCGUAUUUGGAGCAGCUUUUCAAUACAAGAAUCAUUGGCAGCUCAAAUGGUAGAGGCAAGAAGAUGACUAGAUUCCCAUAUUCCAUCUCUUUACCGAAUUCCUGCAGUGUUUUGGAUUAUCGCAAUAUUAUUGAAAGCCUUCCAGAAGAUGACAAACCCGAAUUUUUUGGCCUGCCUGCUAAUAUUGCUCGUUCAUCACAACGUAUGAUCAGUUCCCAGGUCAUUUCACAGCUUCGGAUCUUGAGCAGGUCAGUAACUGCAGGCUGCAAAUUUGACAGAGAAAUAUGGUCUACUGAACUUUCUCCAAUUCUCAAUCUAUGGAAGAAACUUAAUCAGAAUUCUAACCUGAUUCAUCAGAAAGUGUCUCCUCCUAUGGAGCGACAAGGGUCUCCAAUCUUAUCAUUCAUUGCUCUUGAACAAUUCAAUGCCAUUCUCCUUGUUCAGAGUGUUCAUCAGUCACUUGCUUCUUUAAGUAAAGUCAUCAGAGGUACCUCAUUAUUGAGUUCUGAAGUACAAAGACUAGCAAGUGCUCUGCUGAAUCAGAAGUGUCCCCUCACAUGGCAAAGUAAGUGGGAAGGCCCAGAAGAUCCUUUACAGUAUCUUAGAGGUCUUGUAGCUCGAGCAGUUGCUAUACAGAACUGGGUAGAAAAAGCAGAAAACCAGAAAUUGCUGUCAGAGACCCUAGAUCUCUCAGACCUGUUUCAUCCAGAAACUUUUCUCAAUGCGUUACGCCAGGAGACUGCAAGAGUAAUGAGUUGUUCUGUGGAUAGCCUUAAAUUUACAGCCUCUUGGAAAGGGCGCAUACAGGAAGGCAAACUUCAAGUUAAGAUCACUGGCUUGCAACUAGAAGGCUGCAGUUUUGAUGGAAACCGACUUUCAGAAAAUCUACAUGAUUCUCCCAGUGUGUCAUCUGUAUUCCCUUGUUACAUGGCCUGGAUUCCACAGGAUGCAUAUGGUCCAUAUUCUCCAGAGGAAUGCAUAUCUUUACCAGUCUACACCAGCAUGGAAAGAGAGCAUGUGGUGACAAAUAUUGAUGUACCUUGUGGAGGAAACCAAGACCAGUGGAUUCAAUGCGGAGCUGCUUUAUUUUUAAAAAAUCAGUAAGCUGCAAGUGUAUUAAAUUAACUCUUAAAGCUAAGAAUUACUUAUAUAUCUCAGUUGUUUCU